CUAAUAGUAAUACAUCAUUCGCAUAAUUACGGUUUAAAAUCAAAAAAUCUAUUGUGCUCGUUAACUGUUAAUACACGCGUGUCUUUUUAAUUUAUAAUUCAUUUGUUAGCGGGGAGUAAAUUGCAACACAAAUUCGUGAAGUUGUUUCAUUACUCCAACAUUCAUACAUAGCUGUCUGAACUCGACGUGUCUGAGUCACAAUCACAACAGAAUGAAAUAAGAAAAAAUGAAUUUCUUCAUCUCAACAACUUCUCUCGUGACAGCAUAUCUUUUGAUAGGAUGUCAUUCAGAUCUGAUUAUUCAACCACAAGAAUCGGAAAUCUCGAAACCAGUUGGAUCGUCAAUCCUGCUCACAUGUUCAUCGCACACUGCAUCCAACUUGAAGUGGGUUGAUAAGAAUGCUAAUGCCGUCAACGAGACUGACGGUUCAAGCAGACUAGCAGUUGAAACUGUAGACCCCAAAACUAUAAAACUGCAUAUCCUCAACAUAAUUGUUCCAGAUGCAGGCACUUAUUACUGCAUUGGAAAUAUAUCUGGGAGAAUAGAGAAAAAGUCAAUUAAACUAAGAGUAUUCAAGGACAUAACUUUUGAUGUGGCCCCUGCGAAACAACAUCUGGUCAUCAACACGACGUCCACCCUUUCCUGCAUCGUCAGUGGAGACCCGAUGCCCACCGUCGAGUGGAAGUUUAUGGACAGGAGACUCCAAUAUGGUGCAAAGUACGAAAAAGUAGCCGAAGGUUUGAAGGUGAAGAAUGUUGAUGAAGGUGACAAAGGAACAUACACGUGUACCGCUGAAGUAAGCCAACUAGGCAAAUUUGAAUUAAGGACAAUCAACGUGGAAAUUUAUGCUCCACCUAAAAUAUUGAAUUGGUUCACAAAAGUAGAAGCAUUGGUUGGGCAGUCAAUCACUUUCGUUUGCAAUGCAAAAGGGUUCCCAGAACCAAUUUUCAGCUUUUAUAAGGAGAUAACGAAUGCGGAUAACACAACACUGUAUGCAGCUAUAAACAGCAAUAACUCACCGAACAUAAAAAUAGAAAACAACAAAAUGACGAUCAAUUCUCUGUCCAAACAUGAUGAAACAUGUUACAAAUGCAAAGCGCACAAUGAUGCAGGCAGAGAUCAUUCAGAUGAUGCAUUUCUAAAAAUAUUAAUUCCGGCCGAGAUAACGCACUUCUCCAGCAUAAGCGUGAGGUCAGGUGGAAAUGCGACGAUGGAAUGUCUGACCGAUGGUGAUCCUGAUAACGAUGUUUCAAUUUAUUUUAAUGGUGCUUUGAAAUGGAGGUACACGUUGAACAGUAGAUUCGACGGUUUGAGAAGCAGGUUCACCAUACCAAAGAAAAAUGUUUUCUUGAUGUCAAUCGUCAACAUUCAGCCCGAAGAUGCAGGAAUAUAUUCGUGCGUAGCUCAAAACAGAGUCGGGAAAGAUGUUAAAAAUGCAACUCUUAUCGUGGAGCUUAUUGUUAAUAAUUCAGAUGCCCCCUUUAUUGUGCGAUCCUCCACGCCCAAUGAGGCUUACGUGUGGCCUGACGUGACGAAGAACAUCACGUGUCAUUUCAAAUCCCAACCUGAACCAACUGCCAUUUGGAAGCAGCACAAAAGUGGAGAUGUCAUAAAGAACAACGCUUCAUUUACUGUUUUUGUUGGUCAUAACUACACAAGUUUACAAAUUCACGUGAGAGAGAAUGAUCAGGCCUGGAUAUAUGAAUCAUAUCAGUGUGCAGUGUCUAAUAUAUUUGGAAAUGAUUCAUUUGUUAUUCACUUGAAAAGAGCAACUAUACCAGAUUCUCCCUCGGUGAGACUGUUACGUGCACAGUCAACUGAUAUUUGGCUGGCUGUUCAACCAUCGGAGGAAACAGGUGGCAUGCCAAUUAUUGGUUACAUAGUUCAGAAUCAGGACAAAACUUACGAGUAUGGAUUGGAAAAUGAGCUGAGAGUUUCGAAUCUGCAGCCUAACACCAUGCAUCUGCUAACAAUAAAAUCAAAGAAUGAUGUUGGAAUAGGCGCUCCCACAUACUUUAGGGCCCAGACCUCGGGAAUAAACCCACCACAUAUACAGCUGUACAACCAGGAUCAAAUUAAUGCCAGAUCUCGUGAUUACAGAAUUUUUUGGACAGUAAACACAACAGGAGGACUGCCUAUAACAGAAUAUGAGUUUCUUUACAAAAAAGCACCACAAAAUACCAAGUCAAACGAAUGGAAUAAUGAAUAUCAGUUCAAUUUCAACCAUGAUGCCAAUUUAGAUGCAGAUGAUCAAAAUAGCUGGAUACAAAUUAAGGUAAAAGCCGAUACACAGAACACAGUAAAUGACUUCUUAAUAACUGAUCUAACACCACAUACCCUCUACGUUCUCAAAAUGAGAGCCAAAAAUGCUAUUAGCUGGUCAGACUACACAGAAUUGAUCGAGUUUCAGACUACGGAAACUUCCUUUUUAGAAUACGACUCGAAGGACAAAAUCCCAACAGCAUACUAUGCAAUUAUAAUAUUGCUGGUGGUUAUUUUCAUUCUUGUCACUAUAGCAACAAUUGAUGUUGCUUUUUGCUUAUGUUGUGAUAAAGGCCUUACAAGAUUAAUUUUUAUGAGGUACUGUAAGUUAAGAAGAAACAAUUCCAAUGAAAAACAAUGCCUACAAAUGAAGAAUAUAAACGGUAACGGUUCUCACAGCAAGUCAAGUGAGACUUCAUCAAACAAUGGACACAACCACAAAAGUAAAAAACACUCACACAAAAGUUGCAAAAAGAAACGUCCCGACCCAGAUCUAACUGAUCCUACCUCCAUAUUUCGUAGCACAUCAAGAAAUGUAACUGCCCUUAAUUGAUAUUAACAUGUUUAAAUAAAUCAAACAUGAAAUGUUUUUUUAUUUUGAAGACUUUUAGGCAAUUUCAAUUUGUUUAAAUGGUGUUUAUUUGUUUGUUGCUUGAUGAAUAAAAUAUAAAUGAAUAAUAUUAUACCUUUGUUAAUUUUGAAAUGUAAAUUAAAUUUAAACAAGUGUCUUGCCUCAUAACUCAUUAAAACUUAAAAGUUGUUGGAUAUUAAUCAAUUCUUGCUUUCACAGUUCUCUUUACAACUCCAUCAUUACUACUGUCAAGAUAUAUUUUUGAAUUGUUUCACUUGGGCUGCCUGAUAAAUUAAAAUGGACUAUUCAAAAUUUUGUAUACUAACAUUGUGUAAACGACAACUCCACAGCCUGAAUAUGUGUCCAAGUUGAUGCUAUUUAACAUUGUUUGAGCUGUUGUUUCAAAUAACAUUUUUUCUGUC